UUUUUGAACAAUGGUGGUUUUUCCCAAAGACUCGCCAUUACUAGAAGUCUAUCAUCCGCUCUUUGCUUGCGGAAACCGUUGGUCUGUUCCAGGCAGCCUGCCAUAUCUGUUUCUUCCCACCAUCACUUAUCAACUAGUCCACUAGCAUUCCGUGAGGAAUUGUUUCGAAAUACAUCACGACGAUGGAAAUUCAACGAGACAGAUCGUCUAAGCGAAAAAUAUGUCAAGUUUCAGCCAACGGAGCUCCAACGGAUCGCCGGUGAAGCAGUACAACGAGACUAUUGCUCUGAUAUUAGUAAGAUUGCAGAGGGAGGCUUCAACAAAGUGUUUCUUCUGCAAGCAAGGAAUGGCCGCGAAGUGAUUGCGCGAAUCCCAACUCCCAUUGCUGGACCUCCUCAUCAUACAACCUCCAGUGAGGUGGCUACCAUGGACUUUUUGCGAGCCGUCCUCAAACUUCCAAUACUAGAGGUCUUGGCAUAUUCAACUUCAUUGGACAAUCCCGUCGGAGCAGCGUAUAUUUUGAUGGAACGAGUGUAA